AUGAGGUCGGUUCUGAUCGUUCUUUUGUGUGCACUGUUUCUGGGGAUCCAAUGUGCAGUUAUAAUGAAAGUUAGCGAUGCUGGGAAUAUAGUUCGUCGCCUGAAACGAGCGGUUGUCAUCGCACCAGCACCACGGCCACCAACAGUAGUUGUCGCUCCACCACGACCACCAACAGUGGUUGUCGUACCACCACGAAAACCAACGGUAGUCGUCGUACCACCACGGCCGGGCUGA